GUAACCCAAAAGAUUAGACAACAGUACUGCAGAUUAAGCAAUAACAGAUGGGAAAUUUAAAAAAUGUGCCUUUUUCCUAUGGCGGAGAGAAAAUGACUUGCCCAGCUCACUUACAUGGCUAAGCAUUGUACACUGACACCACAGCUAACCUGAUAAAAGGAGAAAGGUUCAUUUGGCCCAUUCAAAAACAACACCUGGCUGCCUCUUGCAAAACUUGCAGGAAUAAAGCUGAGAAAUAAAAUGAGUAAAACAAUUGGAGAUCCUCUGAGAGCUGUUGGUGUUGAUUUUCUCAGGUAUGACAACACCCGUCUUCAUCAUACCAAUGAGUUUUCCCAUAGUAGCUUAAUUGUGAGACGUGGACAAGAAUUUCGGCUAAAAGUGACAUUUAGUAGGGAACUGCAAGACAGUGAUAAAGUCACUCUACAGCUGAGUAUUGGUCACACACCAAUGCCAUCCAAUGGGACCUUCAUAACCCUGAAUCCAAGGACACAACAAGAUGCUCAACCAUGGCAUGCUAACAUUUGUCAAACAAAUGGGAAGGAGUGUGAAAUAGUUAUAGCCAGCCCAGCUGAUGCGAUCAUUGGAAAAUAUCUUCUGAAAGUGGAUACAGGAUCUAAUAUUUAUAGUCCUACUAAGAAUUUUAUCUAUAUUUUGUUCAAUCCUUGGUGUCAAGCAGAUUCUGUUUUUAUGCCGAAUGAUGAUGAAAGAGUGGAGUACAUCCUCAAUGAUACUGGCUACAUUUAUGUAGGAUCAGUAGCAAAUAUUCGUGGAAGGCCAUGGAAUUUUGGGCAGUUUGAAGAUGAUAUUUUGGAUUGCUGUAUCUAUCUUCUGGACAAGAGUCAGCUCAAGGCGAGUGCUAAAAAGGAUCCGGUGAUCAUUUCCAGGGUCAUGUCAGCUUUGGUUAAUUCUGAAGAUGAUCGUGGAAUUCUGCAUGCAAACUGGACUGGACAUUAUACUGGUGGUACAGCUCCUUUGGCUUGGACAGGAAGUGUCCCAAUUUUGCAACAAUAUUACAGAACACAAAAAAGUGUCCUAUAUGGUCAGUGUUGGGUUUUCUCUGGAGUGAUUACCACAGUUAUGCGCUGUCUGGGGAUUCCAUGCAGAAGUGUGUCAAAUUUUGCUUCAGCACAUGAUACAGAGGAAAACCUUAAAGUGGAUAUUUAUUUGGAUGAAAAAGGAAGAAAAAUAGACUCAUUAACAAAUGAUUCAGUUUGGAACUUUCAUGUAUGGAAUGAGAUCUGGAUGAAAAGACUGGACUUGCCCAGUGGCUUUGACGGCUGGCAGGCAAUUGAUGCCACACCUCAGGAAAAAAGCCAAGGAAUUUACCAGUGUGGCCCAAGCCCGGUCAAGGCCAUCAAAAAUGGUGAAGUCUACCUUCCCUAUGACUCUAAAUUUAUGUUUGCAGCAGUGAAUGCAGAUAAGAUUUUUUGGCGUGUAAAGAAUGAGAAUAGCACAAAAGACUGUGUCAAGCUGUGGGAAGAAAUUAAGGCAAUAGGAAAGAACAUCAGUACUAAAGCUGUUGGGAAGAACAUCCGUGAAGACAUCACUAUCCAAUACAAAUUUCUGGAAGGUACUCAUGAAGAAAGAAAAUCUGUGGAAACUGCUUACUCCUUCAUUUCAAAACUUUCAAGUCAUGAAGCUAUAUCAUCUCCUAACCUCCUGAAGGCAAAUCUGAAAUUUAGGGUGGAAGGAAAAUAUUCUUUGUGGCCUGGGCAGCCAGUUGACCUGAAUGUCAUUGUAGAGAAUGAAUCUGUGGGGAAUUGGACUGGCUGUCUUGCUGCCUCUUGUCAGCUUGAAUCUUACACUGGGAAAGUAUAUGCAGACCUUUCAACAAUCAAGCAGAUUAUCCACACUGAAGGCAAACCAGUUAUUCAAAUACCUUGGAAAAUAACAGCUGACACUUACAUGCAAAAAAUUAUGUCUACUGAGGAUGAACUUCUAAUCAAAGUAAAUAUUAUUGCUGAAGUUCAAGAAACAAAUGAAAAAUUCACAAAACAGAUUACUUUAAAUUUUGAGCACCCACCUCUCAAAAUUGAGAUGGCAGACACUGCAAAGGUUAAUCAAGAUUUUACCUGUGCAUUUAUCUUCAAGAAUACUUUAUCCAUUCCAUUGGAAAACUGCAAGUUGUAUGUAGAAGGCCUGGGCAUUUUUAUGAUGGAAGUAUUUGAUCAAGGGGACAUAGAACCUGGUAAAAUCUUUAAAUCCAAAAUAGUGUGUGCUCCAAAGAAGACUGGACUGAAGAAGAUAGUGGCCAAACUGAAUUCUACCCAGCUAAAAGAAAUAACCAUGGAAAAGAUUAUUUCCAUCAUUGAAUAGUGAUGGUAUUUCCAAAGAUCAUCACUUGGUGGCACUAGAGAUGCAUAUUAUGAUUCAAGUUUCUAGAUUUUGCUUGCAGCCUUGAUUGUGGGCCAAAAGAUUAUAUACAAUUAAAAGAAUUUUAGCAGUGGAUUACUAUUUUGAUUUUAUCUACUGGAGAUUUAAUAGGAUAUUGAAAUAUGCUUUUUGGUUUGCAGAGUUCUGACAUUUUCUGACUACUAAAGUUAUAUGUGAAAUCAAGAGUUGGAAUAAUUUAGGAGGAUUUUUCUUUGUCUUCCUUUAGCUCUGUGAGGCAUAUUUAGCCUUCUCUUUUCAUUUUAUAAUUUGUAACUGUUCCUCACUGUAGGUCUAAUUGCUAAUAUGCAAUACGUUACAAAACUUCAUACACAUUGUUCUUUCAUUAAGAAUAUGCUAGGUUAGUGAUGGCUAACCUUUUUGUUGUCACAUGCCGAAGGUGCCCCUGCGCAACAGCAUCCCCCUGUGCAACAGCGCCCCCUAUGCAACAGCGCCCCCACACCCAUAAGGCAAUGCACAUGUGACCCCCUGCUCCUCACUCCCCAUGCAUGCGCAGCAGAGACCCAAAGACCAGCUGGCCAGUGGGUGGCACACACGCAUGUGUGUUAGAGCUGGGGCAAUGGCUGACGUGCCCGCAGAGAUAGUUCUAGGUUUGCCAUCAGGGUGUUUGAUAUAUUAGUUUCAAGUUUACUUCCACAACUAAUGUAACUGACAGAGAUUUCAAUAUUAUUUUCUAUACAUGUAGAUUCUAUGAACAUGGUUGCCAAUGAAGCACAAAUUAGUGCCUAAAAGUUCUUUAAAUGUAUUUAUCACCAAAAUUAAAUUGUCUUUUAAUUCAGAGUAUUAAUUCUGAGUAUUACUCUAGUAUUAAUACUACUCUAGUAUUACUAUGAGUAUUAAUUUGAAGUAUUACUUUACUUUCUCUACUACUUCUAGUUAUGAAUUAAUAGUUCCUAUCGAAUAAAAAGUAUGUCUUCUCAA